UGAGUUAUUAUAAACCUCAAAUCCUCGUGACCGACUUCAAACUCAAAACACAAGUAACCCUUAAUUUCUAUCGUUUUCAGCUGUAGCAGCCACUAACUUAAAUCAUCUCUUCUCUUCUUAGUCUUUUCAAUCAAAACCACAAGAACUUUGAAUCCAGUAAGCACGCUAGAAAGAAACUCAUGGGACCAAUGAUGAGAGCAGAAGAAGAAAGUCCACCACCAUGGCUAAUCCCAUUGCUAAGAGCAAACUACUUCGUCCCAUGUUCGAUCCACGCUGAUUCCAACAAAAGCGAAUGCAACAUGUUCUGUCUUGACUGCACUUCUAGUUCCUUUUGCUCUUACUGUUUGACCAAUCACAAAAACCAUCGUGUCCUUCAGAUACGAAGAUCAUCGUACCACAACGUUGUGAGGGUGAAUGAGAUUCAGAAGUACAUAGACAUCUCUUGUGUCCAGACAUAUAUAAUCAACAGCGCAAGGAUCGUGUUCUUGAACGAACGUCCUCAGCCAAGAAUCGGCAAAGGCGUUACCAAUACUUGCGAAAUAUGUUGCAGAAGCCUCCUUGAUUCUUUCCGUUUCUGCUCUCUUGGUUGCAAACUUGGAGGGAUGAAAAGAGGAAAUCAAAGUCUAACCUUCUCUUUGAAAGGGAAGCAUGGGAGGGAGUAUCAAGCUGGGGAGGACUCUGAUGAGGCGACCACACCAACUAAGAUACGCAAGACAUGUGCUUUCAACCGUCUGAUGAGUGGUCUCUCCAUCUCCACCGCUAAAUCAGAUUACUUUUCAGGAGAUCAAUGGUCUUCAAGCUCCGGUGAUGAAAGCGGUUUUAAUCUUUCUCCGGGGACACCACCUAUCUAUAAUCACCGGAACUCAAGCAGACGGAAGGGCGUACCACACCGUGCUCCGUUCUGAACUUAACCAAAACGUAACUAACCAUAUAGAAAAUGUUCCCAUACAUAUUACAAGAUGCGGUCAUAGUAUUGUAAAUGGUUGUUAGUAUUGUUUUUCUUUAUAGAAUUAGAUAAUAUAAGGAAAAUCAUAUACAGCGCUGUUCCCUUUGUUUAUAUAAUAUAGGGGAUAUGUUUGUAGUGCUCAAGGGAUUGAAAUAUGUAUUUAUAUAGUUUUAUCUGUAAAGACCUGUUUGUGAAGACAUAUGUGUGUUAUUGUCACAAUAAAAUAGCAAAUAUACCUUUUGUGCA